AUGUUUUCAUCAACACUCCUCGCCAUCGCCAGCGCGGCGCUCGUGUCGGCGCACACAGUCAUCACAUACCCAGGAUGGAGAGGCAACAACCUGAUCACGAACGAGACACACCCAUACGGGAUGCAGUGGAUGUAUCCAUGCGGCGGAAUGCCAACAUCAGAAAAUCGCACAUAUUGGUCCACACAAGGCGGCGCCAUUGCAUUCCAACCGGGCUGGUUUCAGGGCCACGCAACAGCCCUCAUAUACGUCAACCUAGGCUUCGGCAACGAAGGGCCCGAAUUCAACCGAGACCUUAGAGGCCCGCCAAAUAUGAGUUUCCCGAUGGUUCCCCCCUUCCAACUCCUCGGGCCCACCAAGAAUCCCUACCCAGGCACCGUCUGCCUUCCGCAGGUGCCGCUGCCGGUCAACGCGACCGUCAAGGCGGGCGACCUGGCGACGAUCCAGUUGGUCGAGUUGGCGGUCCACGGUGCCGCGCUGUACUCGUGCGUCGACAUCAUCUUUGCCGAGCCCGGUGAUCCACGCAUCCCCAUCGUCAACGAGACCAACUGCUUCAACAGCACCGAAAUCGGCGUCGCGGACGUCUACACGCUCACGCUCCGCGCUUCGGGGCAGGGCAAUACCACCACGAGUGGCGCUGCGCGUGCCUUGCAGCUCGGCGGCAGUGCGCUGGCGCAUUGGGGAUAUCUGCCACUGGUCUUGGGUGGACUUUGGGCGGUAUUAUAA